CUGUCGGUAUGUUUGUUCGUUCAAUCCACGGUCACACUGUCACCUAAAGAAUAGCAAAAAAAAAUACGCGGGAAGUGCAGAUAAAUUGGCAUAAUUUUAACGCGUCUGUAUUAACAACAAUAAACAGCCUCACCAUUGAUCAAUUUCUGCAACUUCAAGAGCGGAUACGUAACUUCGAGGGCAUGCUUGGCGGCGGCAGCGGGGAGCGUUUAUGCACGCCAAGCACUUCGGCCGGUCCGUUCCGCAUCUUCUCCGUGGCCGGCUUCCAGAAUCGCGCCAAUGACAUUGUCUACUGUCCGCCCAUUGUGCGCCAGCAGUCGCAGCAUGUCGAGGACUCCACGGCCAUUGUGUACUUUGGCGGCGACGUGCAGGACUUUCCGGAGAGCAUGGAAACGAAUCGGGACAGUCGCGGCUACAUGAAGUACAAUCUCGAGAAUUCGGCCAUACUGUUGCGCGAGGCAUUCCCGCGCUCUCACAUUAUUGUCAUUCGGCCUGUUCGCAUGGAAUUCAAGACAUUUAGCUGCUUUGACAACUUUGUGCGUGGCAACAAUGCCGGAGUACCCGACCAUACGCCCAUGAACCAUGCGCUGCAACACUUGGAAAAACUGCUGCAGAAUCUGUCGCAACGUCUGAUCUCCAUACCAGAGAAUGAGAUACUCGAUCAGGCUGCCCAGGCGGCAGCCGCUGCUGCUGCUGUCCAGGCUGCAGCUGCAGCCGCUGCUCUGACACUGUCCAAUGCCACCACAGUGCCCUCGGACAGCAGCUCGCCCUUGGCGGCGGUCAACGACAACAGCCAGGACAUGGACAUUGACAUACUGCAGGUACAGGAAAAUGUCACAGUGGAUGCCGACGGGGAAGUCGUUUUCCCCAUGCUGCCCGAUGAGGCGGAUGAGGCGGCGGACCCCGCCACAAACAAUGGUGGAGGCAACAACGGCAGCAUUGGCAGCAACGAUGUUGCCCUGAACAACCAUCAGGAUUCGAACAGCCAGCAGCAGCAGCAGCAGGAGUCAUCGCCCAUCAAGAUAGCGGCGCCAGUGGCUCUUCCAGCCGCCAACAACGUGGAGCACUACAACAAUUUAAACAACAGCAACAGCAGCAGCAGCGAAUGUGCCACGGGGCAGGGGCAGGCGAGGCAGACAGCGACGCUGACGAACGAUGGCAAUCCGUUGUGGUGGCGGGAGAACCUCAAUCUGGACAAGUCCAAGCUGGUGCUCAUUGGCUUCAGCAAGGGCUGCGUCGUGCUCAAUCAAUUCAUCUACGAGUUUCACUAUCUGAAGACCCUCACACCCGAUGACAGCAGCAUGUGCCGACUGCUCUCACGCAUUACGGACAUGUACUGGCUGGACGGUGGCCAUGGGGGACAGAAGAACACAUGGAUCACGUCACGCAGUCUCCUAGAGACACUCACACGGAUGGGCAUGAACAUACACGUUCACCUCACACCGUACCAGGUGCAGGAUGACCGCAGACCAUGGAUACGCAAGGAGGAGAAACUCUUCACGGAGAUGCUGCGACGCUUGAGUGCGCCGAUAACGAGGCACUUGCACUACGACAACCAGCCGGCGAACCUAAUGACCCACUUCGAGGUGCUUCAGGCCUUCUGCCAGCACGUACAUGCCCUGAACCAGCAGCAACUGCAGCAGCAACAGCAACAACAGCAGCAGCAGCAGGGAGUCACCGAUCAGUCUGCGGUGGCCGUGGCAGCGGCGGCGGCAGCAGCAGCCGCAGCAGCAGCUGCAGUGUCAACGGUGGCGACCAACAAUGGCAGCAACAAUAUUCUGGAUGCCAGCGAGGAGGGGACAGCCGCUCUGAAGCGCAGGCAGGUGCAGCAGCUGCGACGGCACCACCAGCAGCUGCUCGCUGCCGAUCUCUCGCUGUCCUCCUCAUCGUCUCGCUUGGCGGCGGCACUGAUUUCAUCAGCGGUGGCGCUCAGUAAUGCCGCAUCGACUUCGUCGUCGUCUACGUCCGCUUCUGCAGCAGCAGCGAUCAAUGUAAAUAAUCAUCAACACAGCCACAGCCAUAUGCAACAACAGCUACUGCCGCCAGGACAACAAGAACAACUACAGCAGCAGCAACAGCAGACACACCCACACAGACAUCACCAUCAUCAUCAUCACCAUCAUAGCCACAGCCACAAUCAUAACCAUAACCAUAACCAUAACCAUCAUCAGUGUCGCUCGAAACGCAAACUACAAAAAUUGUAUUAUACGCUUUGCCGUUAGAUUCGUACAUCCCCUACAACCCUACAACCCUUAACAAUUAAUUAAUUAACUUUAUAUAUAUAUAUAUAUAUAUAUAGUAUAUAUGUAUACAUGUAUGAGAGAAUGUUUCUUAGAACAACCUAACCUUAAGUCGGUCAAAUCACAUCACAGCCCCACAAGCCACCACCCCACAUCUCAUUCAGCGCUCCCUCUACUUCUGCUACUUCUAGUACUCCUUUGCAUCUCUACGUACAUCAUCUGUCUAUAUAAGUUCCAAAGUCAUGUCGCGUAUCUCUAUGUUGUAUAUUUAUUUAUUUUACAUUUAUUUUUUUGUCAUGUUUCUCACACCAAACCUCAAGCAAAACUGAAGCGAAAAUCUCAUCAGUGCAAUACUAUACAUGCCCCAAAUCUUAUAUAUAUGUAUGUCUAUAUAUAUGUAUUGAAUUUUUUUAUCACUUUAUGUAUACAAACACUCCAAGCUAUUUAUUGAUAAUUGAGAAAGAUUUGUGAUUUGCGCACAUUAAUUAACUUCAUUCAGCUUAAAUCAUAAGUGUAGCAAUUUCAAGCAAUCUUCGUUUUAAGUGACCCCGGCCCCAGCCCCAACCCAGCCCCAGCCCCAGCCCCAGCCCCUACAAAAAGGAAUUUAUGUACUCCCCACUACACACCCAAAAAACAACAAGCAAAACCAUCUGAUUAAGUAUUACUUAGCGUUUAGUAAACAUAAAACUUAAGUUGCAACCAAGAUAAAGGAUCGAAGAAGUACUUUAUAAAUUGGUAGAACGAACCUCUCAGUAUGUAGUUUGAAAGAACAAUUGUGCGCGCGGCUAGCCCCAGAUUUGGAGCAAUAUAAAAUGAUCAAAAUUCAUAUGAUUAGAAAGAGCAAGCAAUCACAUAUAUUGAUAUUUCUAAAUGUAGUGUAUAUUUUUGGUUGUGCUGCUCCAAUGCGAAUAAAAAUGAAAACUUUUGUCAAGCCAUUGCCCAAGCCUAAACCACAUGCAAAUGUGCAUAAAUUGUAUUGCCAGAGACAAGAGCUGACCCAAUAAGCUUGUGGCUCACAGGCUCACAAAUUAUAUAGAGUGCAUAGAGAGACACUUUCCCCCCUCAGAACAACAUACACAACACAUAAUUUCGUACCUUGGUAGAAUUUGCAGUUCAAAAUUGCUUUAGAGUUUGUCAGUGUAAAUUGUACGGCU